AUGUCUCACGGAGAACGAAAAAUUUGGAACCAAAUGGUAUCCAAUAAGUAGGAGGAUUCAGCUAUCCAAAACUUAGUUGAAGAAUUCGGAGAAAAAAACUGGAUUUUAAUUUCAGAAAAGCUAGCUGAGAAAUAUGGAAUCACAGACAGAACUGGCAAGCAGUGUCGAGAACGCUGGCACAAUCAUAUCAAUCCAAAACUUAAAAAAGGUGCUUGGAGCAAGGAAGAAGAAAGAAUUCUGUUUCGGCAACAAAUGCUAUAUGGAAAUCGAUGGUCAGAAAUAGGAAAGCAUCUUCCUGGGAGGUCUGAUAAUUCAAUUAAAAAUCAGUUUUACAGUGCAAUAAGAAAAAACUUAACUCCCCCCCAUCCUUGAUCGAACGAUUAACUAUAAAAAUUCCUAAAAAUUGGGGAAAUUAACCCCCAUCCAUGAUCGAACGAUUUUAUAAUCGUGCAAAUUUUUAUAUAUAUAAAAUAUAUUAGUUAUCAAAAGCUUGGGAAGAUAUACCUAAUGAAAUUGUUUUCAGAGACUUUGAAACGACAUAAAACUACGGAAUCAGCCAUCAGAAGUGAUUUAGUCAUCAGCCUAGGCUUAAAAAUCCAAUAAUCUAAAAAAAUAGAGAUUCUUUAAAAUUUUAAAAAAAAAACAAUUUAAUUUUAAUAAGGAACAAAUUAAAAUUUAUACAGUUUUAAAUUCGUCACUCUCCGUAUUAUUAUGAAAUUAUUUUUCCCAUAAAUAUACAAUUUAUCUAAUUUUUUAGACUAGUAUUUUGCAGGAGUAUUUUUACAGGAGUAUGGCCAAUCCUGGCGUUAGAGGGUUGACCAAAAAAUAUUAAAAAUUGGUAUUCUUAUGAAAUUAAUUCAAUUUUUUGCUGUAAAAAUAAUUAUUAAAUACUUAUUUAAAAGUAAAUAAAAAAAUAUAUAUAUAUAUAUUUUUAUUUUAUAUAUAAUUUUUUUUUCCCAAAAAAUUUUUUUUUAACCCCCAUCCUUGAUCGAACGAUGGCGAGUCGUUCGAUCAAGGAUGGGGGGAAUAAGAAAAUACAAUAGGAAUAAGCCUGCAGCCGAACAAAUAUACGGAUCAGUAAAAGAGAUACUCCUAGAUCCUGAAAUGGCAAAAAUUUUGAUUAAUUAUGACGAAAUACUUAACGAUAAAAGUAAAGGAAAAAAGAAAAAUAAAAAGCGUAUAAGGACAAAGAGAACGUCCAUUACUGUUGAAGCCUCAUCUAUUUUGCACUCCCUUUAUGACGAUUCUAAAGAAAAGGCUGAAAAUUCUGUUUCUGCAACAAAAGAGUCACGAAAAUCUCUUCCCAUUAAAAUAGAAAAUGUAAAAGCAGUAGAGCUAAAAAUCGACUCAGCAACUCCAAUUUCAAGCAUCAAUACAGCAGCACCGUUAACUGGUUACACUCCUAAGUUUAUGAAAGCGCAUAUCUUAUUUGCUUACUUAACUCGGUUUUUAAGGUGUCUAGUGCUCACUCCCAUCUUUAAAUAGGGACUAAGCCAACUUGUGUGACGUCACUGAGAUAUCUUGGUCUGAUCAGUGGACAGCCCACCCGGCGCGUUGCCGUCGCUCUCCCUGACUCAGCUCCUGCGCGUGCUCCACUUAAGGGUCAUCCUCCCUUGGGAAUGUGCUGAGAGCUAAAACUCUGAGCCUUUUGAAUGCACUGAGGAGCAGUUUAACUUUUGGUUAUCCCCAAAGUUAAACUGCUAUUGCUGUGCAGAAGUUCUCGAGAGAAAACCCAACCCCCAUAAAUAAAAUUCCAUGAGGGAGAGAAAAUUAGCAAAGCUAAUUUCUCUUGUACCGAAUGCCAUUUUAUUUUAUGAAAGCGCAUAUCUUUAAUUUUCCUGAUGAUGCUUUGAAUGUUUUUAAUUGGGAUAACUAUAACAAUACAGAUUUAGAUGGCAUUCAUGGAUCUGAUUCGCUUACUUUGAUUCCAGAUACGAUGCCCAUUCAAAAAUCAGAUUCUUUGCAAGAAUCAUUAGGCUUCAUGAAGCAAAUGCAGUCUCCGCAUGCAAAUUCAUUUAUUCUGCCUCCGUUUUCUCCAAUGGAUUCAUUUCAGCAUUAUCUUACCCCUAGAAAUAAUAAAUAG